AUAGAUUAUCUCUAUUCUUAUGAAUCUUUUUGUAGAUGACAAUUUGAUUAGGAAAUCUAUUGAGUACUAAUCCUCCUGCUAAUGAAUAGGAUAAUCCAUAGCAUAGACUAGUUGAAGUUAUAGAACAGAAAGAAACUAAUAGAAAUGCUGGAAUAAAUAGGACCAAACAAUUAUCCUUUUGGAUAAAUAAUUAAUUCUAUUACCUGAAAGCAAACUCAAAAACACAGGACCUGGAAUAGUAUAAAAAUUUA